UACAUUUCCCAUCGGCCACAAAACGAGUUAUGCGAGUUGUACUUCCUCGGAAGAUAUUUUCAAAGCAAGACCACAUUCUUCUCAUGUUAUUUACUAGUGACUGGAUUUACGCAAAACCCCUUUAAUCUUCUUUUAUUUUGAAAUCGCGUUCCUUCAUUCGUGUUUGACCGUCGACGCUCCCUGGCGGAGGUGAGUGGUCGCUGUACCGGGGAGGGAGCCCCUUGUGAACGGCAGGUUCCAGGUAAACUGGCCGUGAUGAGGCUCCUUUGGGCUGGAGCCGUGCUGCUGUCGGCGGUCGCCUACUACGUUUAUCUUCCGCUUCCGAGCGGCGUGAGUGAGCCGUGGAAGCUGAUGCUGCUGGAUGCGCUGUUUCGGAGCUUCAUGGGAGCGAGUGAUGUGGCUCAUGCUCUGGGCAUGUGCCAUCGUGUCCACAUGUUGAACUGGGUGGUGUCCCUGGUGGAGGUGAUCGAUGCUCGCUCCUGCUCCGCCGUACACGUGUCUGACACCACUCUGGGGGGUGUGCCCACAAGAGUGUUCAAGCCAAAGGGUGGAUCGAGGUUGAAAAGGGGAGUCAUAUAUUUCCACGGUGGUGGAUGGGCCCUUGGCAGUGGACGGAUGCGAUCCUACGACCUUCUUUGUCGAAAAAUGGCUCAGGACCUGGAUGCUGUCAUCAUGUCUGUUGAUUACCGUCUUGCUCCUGAGGCGGUUUUCCCAGAUCAGUACCACGACUCCUUGGCAGCAUCCCGGGCCUUCGUGUCCCCUUCUGUUUUAGAACACUAUGGAAUUGACCCGCAGAGGUUGUGUGUUUCUGGAGACAGCGCUGGGGGAAACCUAGCUGCUGCCGUGGCGCAGGAGUUUGGAUCAGAUGACAGUCUGACAGUUAAAUUCAAGGCCCAGGCGUUGAUCUACCCUGUGCUCCAGGCGCUUGAUUUCGCAACCCCAUCUUACCAGCAAAACCAAGCUGUGCCUAUUCUCUAUAGGCCUGUCAUGGCUCGUUACUGGCUGAUGUACCUCGGCGCUAACUCCUCCCUGGAGCCUCUCCUGCUGGCAAACAACCACAGCUCCCAAGACCAGACAGCCAUCAGCGCCCACACCCGCUCCAAGGUGGACUGGACCACGCUGCUGCCAGAGCAACACAAGAAGCAUUUUCAGCCGGUCUUCAAAGAGACCGGAUCAGUCGGCGUGGUAAGUGACGUGCCGGGGCUGACCGAUGUCCGGGCGGCGCCGCUGCUGGCAGAGCAAGGGGUGCUGAGUAGGACACCAAAGGCCUAUGUGAUGACCUGUGAGUUUGACGUUCUGAGGGAUGAUGGGCUUAUGUAUGCCAGGCGCCUGCUGGACGCUGGUGUCGCAGUAACCAGUGAUCACUAUGACGAUGGUUUUCAUGGCUGCAUGGUUUUUGCGUUUCUGCCAGUGAUGUCCAGUGUGGGAUGGAGGAGCAUGAAUAACUUCAUUCACUGGCUGGACCAAAAUGUGUAGACAAACAGCUCCAGAUCCUCAUGAACUCUGUGUGAACAGUGAUGCUGUGGAGCAAACCUCAAACACUUUCUUGACUCACCAAAAUUUGGUGAUUGGGGACAUGGGGGGGGGACUCGCAAAUAAUCGUGUCCAUUCACACAGAAUGAUUAUUUAAGGAAUAUUAACUUAUAUGUUAAGUAAUGCCGCUUUUAAUUAUUAGAACAUUUAUUCUUUUCACGCCAACAUGUUUUUUUUUUUACUUUUGCAUUCCCAAGAUCCAUAUCAACAGUUCCUUCUCUCACCACAGAUUCUGCAGCAUCAGCGUCACUGUGUUUUUAUUUUUUCUGUAAAUGAGGUGUUGUAGAUCAGAACAUAUUGUGAAAUUUUCACAGGUAUCAUUUCUUUUGUUUCAUAUGAGUUUUUUGUCAUAUGUAAUGUCAUGCAAAAGUUUGAGAACAUUAUAUUUUCAUUUUUAAUGAGAUAAA